AAAUAUGGGCCAGUUGUGGAAUGAAUGAUGGCAGUGUAAUUUAAAGGCUGGAUUUGGACGGUCCAGAUUUACAAACAUUACAUCGUUCCGAAGUUAUCGGUUUCAUGACCACUUCCUUACAUUCAAUUUCUCUCCUCCUUCUGUUUCUUUGUGAAAAUCCCGUCUUUGCUGUCUCCUUUCUGUCCUCUCUUUCUCCCACCCUCGUCGCUUCUACCUGCAAUUUCCAAUUCACUUCCCGCCUGGACCGGUCUGAUCCCUGUCGACCUCACCGUCAUGAAUCCUGAAUAUGACUAUCUGUUUAAGCUUUUGCUAAUUGGGGAUUCUGGAGUUGGCAAAUCAUGUCUUCUUCUGAGGUUUGCGGAUGAUUCAUAUCUGGACAGUUACAUCAGUACAAUUGGAGUUGACUUUAAAAUUCGCACCGUGGAGCAAGAUGGGAAAACCAUUAAACUUCAAAUUUGGGAUACUGCUGGACAAGAACGGUUCAGGACAAUCACGAGCAGCUAUUACCGUGGGGCACAUGGCAUUAUAAUAGUUUAUGAUGUGACAGACCAAGAGAGUUUCAACAAUGUUAAGCAAUGGUUGAAUGAAAUUGAUCGUUAUGCUAGUGAAAAUGUAAACAAGCUUCUGGUUGGCAACAAGUGUGAUCUCACUGCUAAUAAAGUUGUUUCUUAUGAAACAGCCAAGGCAUUUGCGGAUGAAAUUGGCAUUCCGUUCAUGGAGACAAGUGCAAAAAAUUCUACCAAUGUGGAGCAGGCUUUUAUGGCAAUGGCUGCAGACAUCAAGAACAGGAUGGCAAGUCAACCAGCAGCAAACAAUGCAAGGUCACCUACUGUGCAGAUACGUGGACAACCUGUUAACCAGAAGUCUGGAUGCUGCUCUUCUUAAUUGGCUCUGGACUGUCCUCACCUGGCGUGGCUGCAUUCGAAAAUGGCUUCUGAAUUGUCCUGGAGUUAUAGACUAUUCACACGUCAAACGAUAAAAUGAUUUGCUUCAUUAGUUCUGUACGCAAUUCAAAAGAGUUUGUUUUCUUUUUGGUUUUAUUGUUUAAUGUCCUGUACAAAUCAUGCGUUGCUUGAUGGUAGUAAAUGUUAUUGUCAUUAUUUUCUCA